AAGAUUGAGUAAUAGAAUCAAAAAAAUUUCCCUGUCACUCGGAUUGAAGAAAAACAUUCCCCUGUUUAACCCCAAAUACCGACGCGUCACAUUUUCAGUGAGAAACGCGAGACAAAAAUUUGGAUGAAGACGUGAUUGCUGUUGUAUUUUUCUGGUAUUCGCGGCCGGAAUUGAGUGAAUAAUCGAGUAUUUCGUGAUUGAGAUGGAGCAUGAGCCAUUGGGGGUUGAGAGAAGAUGAUUGAGCUCAGGGGGAUCCUCACUGGCGUACGAUUCUGUGAUUUUGUCAUCGCGAUUUGAAGAAUUUUUCCGGCUCUUUGUGGCACAACCGUAUCACUUUACCAAAUCUUCGACAAGUUGUACUAGUGAAGUAAUACAGUUGCGUCACAGACUGACCGGUGACGUAUAUUUGUCGUCUGGUUUUUCAUUAGUCAAGUUAUUCAACGCAAAACAGUACAUCAGGGUUUAAUGGGGAGAAAAUACAUCAGUUUGGCUGAGUGAAAUAUCAAAAUUUUCUACUGUCGUCAGGGUUUUAGUUUUUAUUUAUUGUUUGGGUGAUUUGUGGAUCGAGUGAAUGAAAUGGGUGAUUGUUUAUGAGUGACUGGUAUGCGAGGUGGGGAGAACGAAGACGAAAUAUUGAACAUCAACAAUGGAAUUGACUCAACGUGGGACAUGUCACUUGAUGAAACUACGGACGAGGAGUAGAGCAACCCCUAGGCGUCCACCGUAUUCAUAAUGGGUUGCUUCGGUAGCAAAGACAAACUGAGUAAGGAGGACAUGGACUUCCUGAAGUCGCAUACGAGAUACGACGAGGCGACCAUCAAAGAGUGGUACAAAGGAUUCAAACAAGACUGUCCUAAUGGUAGGCUGACGCCCGCCAAAUUCGUCGACAUGUACAAAAUGUUUUUCCCGUCCGGUAAUGCUGAAGAAUUCUGCGACCACGUCUUCCGGACAUUUGACAUGGACAAGAACGGAUACAUCGACUUUAAGGAAUUCCUGCUGGCAAUAGACGUGACGUCUAGUGGUACGCCUGAGGAGAAACUAAAAUGGGCAUUCCGUAUGUACGAUGUGGAUGGCAAUGGUGUUAUUGACAUUCAGGAAAUGACCAAGAUCGUUCAGGCAAUAUACGACAUGUUGGGUGCUUGCUCGAGUAAUAGGCCGGCAGACAGUGCCGAGGAGCGGGCGAAAAAUAUAUUCGCCAAGAUGGACGAGAACAACGACGGCCAACUGACACAGGAUGAAUUCCUCAAGGGUUGUCUACAGGACGAAGAGCUCUCCAAAAUGCUGGCACCUUAAUUCGGCCCCAACGCACAAUCCACCCACACCAGGUUAAUCACAGCAGCAAUAUAAUUAAUUCAGUAAAUCUUCGUUCAUUGUUCAUUGAUCGUCUCCAAGGGUGGGAAGGGGGGGGAGAGACAGGGGGGUUAUCAAUUAGCAAUGAUAAAAGUUGUUUAAAUGGUGAUACGGAGUGUAAAUGUCACGAGUGCUGGACAUUUGGCAAUUUAAAGCCACCGAUCGAUCAUAUCCAGGUCUGAAUUAAUCGUUGCGCGAUUGCUCGGUGACCAAGAGAGGCGAGAACUCCAAGGGGCGACCAAAAUCCCCAAUUCUCACCCCCCUCUAUCGCCUCCUCGGCAAUUUAAAGUAAUGGCCGCGUCAGCAGAAUCCAGUGGCUGAAGUGGCUGAGCUCCAUUCAGACGUGACUAUUUUCACGUCUCAAUAUCCGUUGAAAAAGCAUUUGGGUGACGAAGGAAAGACAGUGGAUUCGCAUUUCAAGUAUUCAUGGUUCAAUUAAUCAUCGAUAAGUAUUUGAUAAAUUAUGAGGGACAUUGUUUCGAGGGGGUAGAAUGGGUGGAAGACCCGAUGAGUCCAUUGGUUGAGAAUUUUUUCGUUGAAAUUCAAGUGGCUGAGCUCCAUUGAGAUGGGAGUAUUUUCACGUCUCAAUGUGCGAUGAAAAAGCAUUCGCUUGACGAAAGAAAGACAGAAUUCACGUUUCGAAUACUCACAUGAUUAAUAACUUCCCUUAUGCUACUAGUGAACAAAUUAAUACUUAUUAAGGAGUAAAUGCUAUUCGCUGCUAAUUGAUAUUAUUCAACUCGUGUCACUGUUGCUGGAUAUCGAGCCUCGGAGAAAAUAAUACCAAUCGAGUCUCGGUUCUAGGCUUCGCCUGCUCGUUUAUCGAUCGUAUUUCAGUUUUUUUGCAACUCCGGGUUGUUGAGUUUAUUAUUUAUAUCGGGUGAGACGUUUCAUUGAUUGAAGCAUUUUUUAUCGGAUAUAUUAUUGCGGUGGGAGCGAAGUACAUUGUCAUGAGACAAAUGAGCUUUUGGCAAUUGUCGGUUGACGGGGAAAUGAGUGGAUUUAGCGGGAAAUUGCAUUGGACCUUUAUUGUAGGUAAUAAAAUUUUCCACAAAAAUGAUCUAUGACAUUUUUCGGUAGAGUAAGGCAUUUCUAUGAUAAUCCAACAGAAGAGAUGUAAAGCAUGAUUUUCUUAUUACUUUUUAUGACGUUAUGAAUAACGUCAUGCAUUUUCAAUUCCGCUUUUAUCACAAAAACUGUCAGUUUUGGAGGGAAAUGUUAUAAAUCAUCUUUUGCAAUAGAUUAAAUUUCCUGCGAAAAAUGUUCAGUGCCAUUUUUUAUUGCAAACAGACGUUAUCGCGAUAAUUAAAGAGCAUCGUUUGGUCUCCGAAAACGGAAAAUUUUCUGCUGAACAAUUUUCAGCCAAAAUAUAUCUUGACAUUUUCCCUGACCGACCUCUCAUUACCGCGAUAACGUUCCAACAGUCAUCAAAACCUCGAAAGUCGUCUCGUGUUAUCACACUUCACCACUUCCUCAGCGCACUAUUUGUUGUUAAUAAAAAUGCCGGGUUUAAAGAGUGUGUGAUACGAUUUUAAAAAAUGUAUAAGAAAUUGUUAUUCCAUAGUAGUAAUUGGGAGUAGAACGAUAUAAAGUGGGUACUUGGGUACUGAUUACGAGUUGAGUACAUAUAUAACUCGAUAAUGGUGUGACUAUGUUUUAGUCGAUCGAGAUAUCCGGUGCGUUUAAUCCUCAUCUGGUAGCACUACACCUCCCUCCCUCCCCCCAUCUCCUCUUUUAUCAUACUCCUGGUGAAACGGUCAGUCCAGGGUGGGUUAAUCGAUUAAUCAGGAUCAGCGUAAAUGAUCUAUGUACCCACACGCCGUUAUUCGGGGGUGACACGCCGGAAACGACUCAAUUCUACUGAACAAUUCGUUUUAAAUUGUAUUUUUAGAUACGCAGGAUUGCCGGGUGCUUUAAUCGCCAUCUGCGUGUUUAAUCGAGGGGCUGGUAGGGGGAGGGUAGCUCGCCGCAAUUAACCAUCGAUAAGUGUUUGAUAAAUUAAGGGAGAAAGGUAGCCCGAUUAUCAGAGAUAUGGGGUAGAAUGGACUCCUUCCAUCCGUCACUACAUCUCGGGCUAUUUUUAGUUCAUUUUGGAGGCGAUUUUGCAGAGUUUAUAAUGAUUUUUUAUUAAUUUCAAAAUAAAUAAAUUCUACGAUUUGGUCUGGAGAUGUUGCGGGUUGUAAAAGGUCUAUUCUACCUUUUUUAAACUACGAAGAAAAAAUUCUGCAGUGAAGGGGUGAAACAUUACUUUAUCUCAGACUUUAUUUUUCAAUAAAUGUCCAUAAACCUAGAAGUGUUGGUGGAAUUUUCAUAAGUACUUUUUUACAUGACUUUCUUCUUCCCACAUAAAAGGUUAUUAUGAACAUUCCGUCCUUUGCUAUAGUUUUUUAGAUAUUUAUCAGCAAAGAAGAAGAUAAAGUAAUUCCUCGUUUUAUCACUUCAUUAUGAAAUUGUCUGCUUUUAAUUGUCGAUUAUCUCGACAACGAGUCGUUCUAGAGAACGUCGCAAAAAUUUUUAUGAACUAUUCUCAUAAAACAACUCAUGAUCGAGAUACUCGCCAAUAAAACUAAGAUCUCGAUUUGAUGGAACAAUAUUUCAUUCUCUGAAAUAAAAAUUGUCAACUUAACGCCUUCAUAGACGAUAGACUUUUGACCAAUUGCAUGUUAUAAUCUAGGAUUCUCUCGUGUUAACUCGGUCAAGCGAAAUUGGCUCACAUUAAUAUCGCGUCUGUUUUUUCCUUCGCCCCGAUGAUUCUCACUAAACUCAAUUACCCAAGGGGAUGUUUUUUUUCCGAAUCAAUGUCACUAAGUCACACCACUUCAAUCCUCGUAUUUCCUUUUGUUCAUCUCGGUUCAUUAAUGCCUAUUUUCGUCACGCUAUUCUCCGUACGGAGACAAUUCGCCGGUCGAGAACGAAGAAAAAAAAAACUCUUAAACUAGGUGGGGCACAUUAUUGUAGUCGUAGAGACAUAUCAUCGACGCGCUCUCACGUUGGACAAAACGCGGGACAAUAUGUCCGACGUCAUUGUCAUACUAAACUCAUAAAUACCUAGUGACUAACGAAGAAUUUUAUUAACUCCAUUAACGUACACGCUUCGAGUACUUAAUAUCAAGUAAUGUCAAUUUUAAUGUAAAUGAGGAAAAUCAGAAAAUAUUUAAUGUCAUCUAACGUACAAAAAUUUGAUGAAAAUUGCAAUUGAAUUGAUUGUGAAUAAUUGCAACGGAAGGCAAUCAUGGGAUUAAUGCCUGAGGCCCAAGAGAAUUCGCAGAACUUCCCAAAUUCACAGAAAUUUGGGAAAUUGAGGGGAGAGUGCUGUGAAAUUUGAGAAUUGCAGGGGGUUUGAUAGCAUGUGGUUGUGCAGUUAAUAAAUUAUGGAAAUAAUGUGUUGCCAGGAUUUUUGAUGAUUUCAUUUGAAUUUUGAUUACCACAUGCAUAAAGCAGAAACGACAAUGUUCUUUUCAUUUAAGCUUUUCCAUUUUUCUCCUCCGGAUUGGAAGAGAAUAAUAGUAUAGUUAUGAUGCUAAUUCAAGAUCAUGGCGCAUCAGUAAACUGUAAAUAAACGAACUAUGAAUUAUUGCAAUUUUUCAUAUUUUUUGAAUCAUUCAUUUUACGAGACUGCCAUAUUUAUGAUCAAAAAAUGAAAAAAAAUGUAGUCCCUUUCUCAAUUCGGGGAAAUAAAAUCGAAAAAUUAGUCUUAAAUAAAAUCGCGUUUGUCCUCAAUAUAUUGUGUGAGUGGAAACCGAAAUUCAGGUCAAUCUACCAAAAAAUCUGGUGAGGGGAAUAUUUCACAGAUUUUCUGCCUGUACCUCCCCAUACCAUAGGACAAAAUUCACGCCCCAUUUGUUCUCAUUUUUUCAACCAAAAGAAUUGAGAAAAAAAGUCAUCCGAGAUAAUCCGUAUGACAGAGACAAACCCCCUGCAAUUUUGAAAAAACAUCGUCGUCCCCCUAAUCCAAAAAAGAACAAGAACAGUGACCAUCAAAUUCAUCUAAUGAAUCUCAUCGAGACAAACCAUGAAAAAUGUUUCUCACCGAAUAGAAAGUCAAGCAUUGACAAUCGAAAUAGUAAAUUUUCAUACCUUCGUGACGAAAGAUAAAUGUCGAAAAUGGAAUUCCCAAUCCCCAAAUCCCCCUCUCCUACCCAAUCCAAAAAAACAGAGGGCAAAACUCCCUCGAGAAAAAUUCCAAAACAAAGUAGGCGAGUGUGUGGAGAAGAAAAAAAAACCAUUAAGUGGGUGAGACUGGGAUGAAGGAAUAAGUAGGUAACAGGGGCUAUGGAAGCUCCCUAGAAUAUUGCUGUAUCGAUCUGAAAACGUUACCCUGGAUUUUCGACCAGAGUUACGAGAGGACAUUGAUAAAUUUAAAAUCAAUAAAAUCCGUGUGCACCACCAGAAUCCACUUAUUUUCCCUGAAUUCACGGGAUAAACGCAUCACCGAGUCUGCCAAGAGACGAGUUUAAAAAAUCUGAAAAACCGGAAGAAAGAAGGAAAAGAAUUUUCCCAAAAGGAAAAACCAAAAAAUAAAUAAAAACGAUAGACACGAGAAGUAAAAAGGAUUCAGUCUCCCGUUAACCCCCUAAUUUUUAUAUUUUUCUACUUUCCCGGGCUGCCCUUUCGUCGACCCAUUCUCCUACUGUCCUCUUUCUAUCUGCGUGGCCCAUUCGAUUAAAGGCGCCUGCCCACACCUCUUGUCAUCCACUUUCAAAUGGUCCUCCGUUUACUCUCGAAAGUAUUAUCGUUUUACGUUUUCUGUCGAACGUCUCUUCACGAAAAAAAAAAGAAAAAAAAAACAUUUUUAACUCGUGUGCUGGAGGGUGCAAGCACCUAGGGUAUUGUCAACAGAUCUGUUCGUCAGAGAAUAGCUCGUUCCUUCAUCCAAUCACCACAAAACAUGAGUUAAAGUCCACUCUCAUCAUCGUAAAUGUUGUUAACUACGUUAUAAUUUAAUUCCUCUUCAUUAAAUUGAAGACAAAUGUUAUUUUUAACGCUUGAAUGUCAGUAGCUGAAACACUUUUUCUACCUUUCAGCUGAAUAAUAUAUUUUCCAGAGCUCUCAUUGUGAUGAAAAUAAUCAUUGAAUUUAAGUUAAAUCCAUUGAGGUCUUGCGAGUUGAAAAAAAAAUACUCAAUUGGGAGGAGAAGUGUGGGCCAUAGGUUGUGAGUCAAAAAGAGAUAAAAGAAUAUUCUUUCCAGAAGUGAACGAAAGGAGUUAUCAGAAGUGGGCGAUGACUCAAACAUUUUUAAAAAUUCCUCCGACUAUUCCAAGAUUUACGAAAAUUAUAAAAACAAUUCUUUAAACAAUUUUUCAUUUUUUUCUUCUCCCCUUGGCUCAAAACCCACGGCCCAAAAUUUUUUCCAGGACUCCAGUCUUUUUUUGGCAACUCCCAAGGGCCUCCUGAAAGAUGUAGCUAAAAGUACAGAAAUAUUUGACGAGGGAAAAUGAAAUUUAAGGCGUGUUUAGGGGAUUGAAAUCCAUCGGACCACCCAGAGUUUUUCCAAGUGGAUCCGAUAUAUACUUUUCAAUUCCCAAAUUCGUGAAAAUGGAAUUUUUCACAUCUCACAUUUUUCCUUACCUCCAGCUUCAUCCUUCGAGUCGGUUCAAUAGUUACCCGAAUUGAAAAAAAAUUCAGUAACCAAUUGAGGCAUUUAUUCACCGUUGCACCGUUGAUAAAGUCAUUUUAUAUAUUAUAUAUAAACGUAUAUAUUUAUAGGGUAUAGUUUACGAUAUAGUUUAUGAUUCCAAAUAAUUCCAUUAAUGUUAGAUACAAUUAAUCACUGAAUCGAUACAUAAUAACCGGAUAAGAUUAUUUUUCAUUAACCAAAAAAAAAAAUGUUGAAAUAACUAAAAUCCAUUAACUGUAAUUAAUCUCAAGUUUUGAAUAUUCACCAUCGAACACUGCGAAAUUAAACAAAGAAUAAAAAGAAGUCUCUGCUAACUUUAUUCACUGUCUCCCAGUGGAUCAGAAUCCACUCUUCAAGCGCAAGAAAAGGGGGGAAAAAUACUGUAAUGGAAUAUUAAUGAAGUGAGAAAAAGAGACGAAAGAAGAUAAAGAUGAAAAUGAGAAGAGCCUCGAGGACGCGUUAACAAUAGUUCUUCUCCAUUCUUGUGAUAUCUGUCCCGAGAAGAAAACGAAUAACGAAUGCAAUAAUCCUCCGUAGUUGUGCGAUGCGCCAGUGUGCUUAUGGAAAUUCUAAAGAGAAUGGGGGAUAAAAAUGAUGAUAAAAAAUAUCUGGUGCAUACGUACGUAUGUUCGUAUAAAGAAACAAUUGUCUAGUUUAGAAUUCUAAGAGUACGUUUGUAUAAGUCGUGUAGAGAAUUGACGCUUGGCCGUCGUUUUAAAUUAAAAAAUCAGAGUGCAUACAGAAAAAUUGGAUCGCCAGGGAGAAAAAAUAAAUAAAAUAGAGAGGAGAACAAAAAAUAUUGAUUAUAUUCGAGAGCAUUGUUUAUGGAUAAAACGACACUGAUCUGACUUGAUGACGUAUGUAACCAGUCAUACGGGCGUUACAUUUAAUACAAGGGCUUUUUGUUUUAUCCAGUUGGCUGUACUAUUUCUCUCUUCCCUGUUGUCGACGACAGUAAUGAACGGAUUCAUGCUGAUUAUAGAGAUCAAUUCAUUCAUUAUAUAUAUGUAUUUAAAUCGUGAAAUGCCAGUCUGUGUUGAGCUGAUGCAAUAAUCAAUAGGAGCCAGGCUUAUUAUUCUGUUCGGUAUUUAGAGUUGUGUAACUGAAGUUUUUGAUUGAGUGUGUUGGAGAUUUCAGAUCAAUGUGUAAAAUUCAGUAUUUCAACUGUCAGUCGUUCAAUUUAUUUAUUAAAUAAUGAUUGAGAAGCCUCGGGGGUGGAAAAAAUGGCGGAAUUUGAGGGGGAAACGACCUGAAUUGUCAGUGAACAAGAGAUGAAAAAAUAUUAAAAAAGGCUUGAAGAAUUUUUGCAUUUGCGAGGAACAGUGUGGACUCUUCUGAAGAUCAUUCGAAACAGAAAAAUUACUAAACGAAAAAUAAUAAAUUUUUCGAGUCGUUCCGAAGAUUUUUUUAUCUCCUCUUGACUGAAAAUUCAUGAGGAAAAAUUUUUCCCCCAUUUUAGGAAUUUUUUCCACUUCCCAGGGCUCAUAAAAAUGACUCCAAUUCCACGUUUCCAACGUUCUCAUUGAAAAACAAAAUGACGAUACUAUGCAAUGAAAUGAGUGUCUGAAAUAAUUUAUCCUUCGAGCUGAAGUACGAUUAUGUUGAGCAGCUUGAUGCAAUCACCACAAUCAUCAGUUAUAAUUUCAAAAUUACUGAGUACAUCAUGAUAUUAAUUUCAAGUAUCUGUACACAUGGCUGCUGGUGUGUUCAGUGAGCCUGCAUUCAUGUAUCCAAUGAGAACAAAAGCUACAUUAAUGAUAAUUAAAUAAUACUGUACACAUUAAUAACGACUAUUUACCACAGACUUUGAGUAAUCAAAAAAAUAAGAACAUGAGAGGAAGAGGAAGAACAAAUAAAACUCGUAUUUUGUAUGUGGGUCGACGAUUAUAAGACGAGUUACGUCAGCAAUGAGCCAACCUACAUUAUCGUUACCAUAAUUAUUAUAAAUAAAUCGCACUAUGCUCCAAGUA